AUGACUACCCCAAAGAGCAAUUUCAAAUGGAACUGUGCCACACCCUGCUUUGUGUCGAAAACCAGGCAUCCUGCGACUUCUAUCUAUGGAUCAGAUGAGAUAGAUGAAAGGAGGUCAACAGGACUACCCAAAGCAGACUAUAGUGCAGCCUUCGAAACCAUGGAGGUUAGGAGAUGCUUUGGAAAGAUAAACGAGGCACAUAGCCAAGUUAAUAACACAAGAAGAAUAUUUCCAACUACAUGGGUAUAUCCAGACUAUAAGGGUUGCAGUGGAACUGCAACUUCCCCAGGGCUUUUCACAUUACCCAUGGCAUGGAACAGCGACACGAUAGACAGUGGGGAUCAAAGACAAGGCAACAGGCGGAAUUUUAGGCCAAGAAGUAUCUCGUCUAGAAAAGCGAGAGCCCCAGAGAUAGCCAUGUUUGAGGCUAUUGAUAGACUGUAUAUGCGCUCCAAGAAAAGCAAACGACCUUAG